AUGCAAUGGCAAUCAUCCACCGUGACUGGUCUUAUAUCAAGCAGGCCAGUUAUAAUUACUGUGGCACCAAGAACCGUUGCUACGACCCCACCGGCUACGAUCACAAUACCUGUAAAUAACUCUACAACGCAUGCGGCUUCCAUAUCUGCAAAUAACACUACAAUACCUAUGACUACCAUAUCUGCAAAUAACACUACAAUACCUAUGACUACCAUACCUGCAAACAAUGCUACAAUGCAUACGACUGACAUUCCUCCAAAUAUCUCUACAACACCUAUGACUACACUGCCUGCAGGUAAUGCUACAAUACCGGUGAAUAACACAGUAACGCCUACGAGUGCCAUUCCUGCAAAUAACACUAUAAUGCCUAUGACUACACUGCCUGCAGGUAACGCCACAACGGCUAUGACUACAAUACCUGCAAACAACGCUACAAUGCAUAUGACUGGCAUUCCUGCAAAUAACACUAUAAUGCCUAUGANCAUCUGCCUACCAUCCCUGCAUCUAACUCUACAACCGCUAUGA